AUGUCCUCUUCGGCCCACUUCCCAGAUUCCCAAAGCUUCCAGCAACAGUCAAACGAAUUCGUCUUUUGGCUCGAAGCAAACCCAGGCGUCAAGGUCAAUCCGAAGAUCCUCCUCGCAGAUCUCAGAUCAAGCGGCGCAGGCCGAGGUGUCGUAGCCCGAUCUAAUAUAUCCGAGGGUGAAGAACUUUUCUCAAUCCCGCGCACCCUGAUCCUCGCCGUCCAAAAUUCCCAGCUGAAGACCCUGCUCCCUCAGGAUGUCGAAGCCCUCGGUCCUUGGCUUUCACUCAUGCUAGUCAUGAUCUAUGAAUAUCUACAAGGCAACCAGUCAAGAUGGACACCUUAUUUCCGUGUUCUACCUAGUCGUUUCGAUACGCUUAUGUUCUGGUCUCAGGCGGAGUUGGCGGAAUUGCAGGCUAGUGCCAUUGUUGACAAGAUCGGCAAGCAGAGCGCUGAUGAGUCUAUUCUCAGUUCUAUUGCGCCUAUCGUGAGGGCGAAUCCUAAUCUUUUCCCUCCUAUUAAUGGACUUUCCUCGUAUGAGGGCGAGAAUGGUACUGCGACGCUGCUUGAGCUAGCGCACGUGAUGGGGUCGCUUAUCAUGGCUUAUGCUUUUGAUAUUGAGAAGUCUGAGGACGAUGAUGAUGAGCCUGAGGAUGAGAACGAUGGUUAUAUGACCGAUGAUGAGGAGGAGCAGCUUUCUAAGGGCAUGGUCCCGCUGGCUGAUCUUCUCAAUGCGGAUGCGGACCGGAACAACGCCCGUCUCUAUCAGGAAGAAGAAUCUCUGGUCAUGAAAGCCAUCAAGCCCAUCCAGGAGGGUGAAGAAAUCUUCAACGACUACGGAGAAAUUCCUCGCGCAGAUCUGCUCCGCCGAUACGGCUACGUGACAGACAACUACGCCUCAUUUGAUGUGAUCGAGUUCUCUCUUGCGGACAUCUGCCAAGCGGCCGGUCUUCCCAAUAGCGACGUUGACUCUCAGCCCAGACUUCAGCUACUCGAAAAACACGACCUUCUUGAUGACGGCUGGGUGAUUCCCCGCCCAUCCCCCAACGACACAUUGGAGGACAUCCUCCCAAUGGAGCUCGUCGCCUUGCUCACCACGCUUUGUCAGUCUCCAGAAGAAUUUGAGCAGCGCCUCCUAAAGAACAAGCCUCCCAAGCCAUCUAUGGACACUCCUCAGGCUGGUCUUCUUUACAAGCUCCUCCAGGCUAAGCAGUCGCAUUACGCCACUUCUCUCGCUCACGACAUGCAGCUCCUGUCGAGUCUGACUCCCCCACAAGCCUCCGCCGAACUGGAAGGUUCAUCCAGGCGCCUCAAAAUGGCUCUCCAGGUCCGCAUUGGCGAGAAAGAAGUUCUUCAAGCUCUCCAGGGCAUGCUCAGCACUUCUGCCAGCAACGGGUCCUUGAAGCGUUCUGCCAAUGACGACCAUGACUCGAGACAGUCCAAGUCUGCGCGGGUCUAA